AUAAACGCACAAUUUAUCACGUUUAGGUGUUACGAGAUUUCCAUCACUACGAGGUGGUACCGAUAUUAGUCUAGGCCGCAACGUUUUCAACCACGUGAAGGUUCUCUGUAGCCCCUUAUAGAAUGUGUGCUCAACACUGCAACGCUCGUGUCCUUUCUGUGUUCGUUAGUAGCAUUGAGUUCCAGUUAACUGGAAGUGCUGUGACCGUGAAAUCUUCUCACUACCGACGUAAUGUACCCGUAUGGCUCUAACCCAUGUGCCAUUAUCUAGCCAAAACGAAUAUGAGAUGUUGGUCUGAGCUACUGACCUUUCACGCGAUGUUUCUCCGAGAGUUGCCAGACGAAUUAAACCCGGGUCGAAUACCGCUAAAGCCGUUGGGUCGUGCAGCCCGCUUUAUCACACCCUGCGACGCAUGUGGAGACUUUAGUCCGAAAAGACUUGUCUCACUAUGCGGUCAUAUAUUCUGUUACGGUUGUUGCGUGACACGGGAAACACCAGAAGGCCUACAGCUUCGGUGUGUCAUAUGUAACGAGAAGUCCAUGGGAGAUCGGGGCGAGCUUACAGAAGCCUUUUUGAAAAGUUUAAGGCUAGCCUGUAUCUGUGGUCACGAAGGAAGCCUUGUAGAAAUCAAAGAACACUUGUGGAACGACGAAGGCGUUAACCACAAAUUUCGUGAUGACCUCCAUACUGACCAGGCUGGUUCGAAGUCAAGCCAUGAACAGGUGAAGGAGCAGUAUAGUCCAAAAGAACCUGACAUGGUGCUCGACAAGCCAAAAGCAUAUUUCUGCGUAGAGCUGAGGACGAAAAUUGAGGAGCACAAACGAACAGGAACUAUUCAGACGGCACCGGGAGUCAUGUGGAUGGCCGCUGGAUAUCCUGUUAGGUUCGUAUGUCAAAUCGGAGCAUUCAGUGGACGAAUCUUUUUAGGGGUAUUUAUUCAAAUGCUCAACGACCAACCUUCAUUCAAUACGUGGCCAAUGAAAAAACGAAUUAUCAUAGAGCUGUACAACCUUAAAGGAGAAACAGUUAAAACGCAUCGCAUUGCGACGUUUGCUAACGGCAAGCCAGUAAACGAAGAAUUUACAAUCGCUUGUAACCCAAACGUUGGUUAUGGGAAACCAAAAUUUUACAGCAUCGACGACCUUCUUUCAAAAGAAAUUGAUAUUCUUUGUAAGGGAACAGCUUGCUUUUCAGUCGAAUUUCAGGAAUUGCCCGAAUAAGUCAUUAGUUGUCACGCGUUUCCUGUUGAGUCAUGCGCCCGACCAUAUGAUACCUUUUGUAUAGAGGAUCCAAAUUAUACCUUGCUCUCUGAGGCUUUUACUAUGUCAUAGGGAUAAUGCAAGCCAUUGUAUCAAAUACGUGGGAAAAUACCCCUAUACGCACCCUUAAAGCAUGCAGAGAUAAAUAUGUAUACCUAAUUUUGCAACGUACUGUCUUAGCAGUUCAUAGACGCAGGGAUAAAUACAUCUGGAACGAAAUCAUGGAACUACGAUCUCCAACGCAACUUUUUCUGGCCUAUCGGUCAGCAAACUUCUAUUUUUAGAUCUCAUCAUACUAAAAGUGAACCUGGU